UAAAAGCCAUAGGCUACUCCAAGUUAUAACAUAUUAACUGACGCCUUUUGUCGGACAUUCGGAAUUUCGUGGAGUUUCUUUGUCAUUUAUUGAGAUUUUAAUUGAAUAUUAAGUACUAGUAAUACUGUGAUGCGACAUUGAUGAAGUGGACACACACGGCGGAUUCCUGAGCUCAAUGAUGCGUACAGAUGGAGAACACAUUCAACCCGGACCAUGCAGAGGAUCUCCAGUCCCAAAUCGAAGAAGUCGAGGCCCUGUCCUCAAUCUACGGAGAUGAAUGGUGUGUCAUCGAUGAAGCAUCUAGAAUAUUCUGCAUUCAAAUAUCGAACGACAUAGGGGAUACAAAACUGACAGCAUGUUUGCAGGUAAUUCUUCCAUCUGAUUAUCCAAGCUCCUCGCCACCAAUCUAUCAGAUUAAUGCCUCGUGGCUGCGUGGUCUCCAGAGGGUAACAUUGGCAAACAGCCUGGAGGAAAUUUAUGUAGAGAAUGUCGGGGAAAGCCUUCUCUACCUUUGGGUAGAAACGAUUCGGGAGUUUCUCAGGGAGAAAUCCCAGAGCGCAGGAGCAGAGGAAGAGCCCGGUGGAGUCAAUCUGACAACAGAGGAAGAUGUGGAUAAUGACGAAGAAAAUUAUGAUUUACCAGACUUCAGGACAGUGAAAAUGAACACAGAAUAUGUCCAUCCCUUCAUGAAUCACGAAAGUGAUGGAGAAGUGCCUCCUGUCAAACAUGGCUCCAUCAUCACCGACCGCCGGAGCACCUUCCAGCCUCACCUGGCGCCGGUGACCGCCCCCGGACAGGUGAAGAUGGUUCUUGAUAAGCUGUACGGAAAUAAGAAGAUUGCAAGUGCCACGCACAACAUUUAUGCUUACAGAAUCUUUUGUGAGGACAGGCAGAGCUUCCUGCAGGACUGUGAGGACGAUGGGGAGACGGCUGCAGGCGGGAGAUUGCUCCACCUACUGCAGAUUCUAGAUGUGCGGAACGUGAUGGUGGUGGUCUCCCGCUGGUACGGCGGCAUUCUGCUGGGCCCAGACCGCUUCAAACACAUCAACAACUGCGCCCGCGGCGUCCUGGUGCAGGAGGGCUACACCUCCUCCGCGGAAGAAGCCACCACACAGGGAGGAAAGGGCAAGAAAACAAGAAGUAAGAAGGCAAAAUGAGUCACUCUGAAUGGAAUGCCUUGAUCUGCGGCCGGCCUGGAGAGGAUCUGGAGUGGAGAUAACCGCAGGUCUAACCCUAACCCUGACCCUAACCGCAGGUCUAACCCUAACCGCAGGUCUAACCCUAACCCUAACCGCAGGUCAGGCAGACUACACACGUUUCAACAGAACUGAAGAAGAUCAAGUUACAAUGCCUGGGAUAAUCAACAAUGGAAAUGACUUAAAAUGGAUCAUUAUAGUGUAAUUUAAUUUAAUGUAUUAAGUGCCAUUACAUAUAUUAAUAUUUUGAGUUUAACAUACUUUGUUCUUCAUGAGUUGAUUAAAACCUCUGUGUUUAAAGUCUCAUUUUAAUAAAGAGUUGAGAGUUACAAACAUAUUGUAUACACAGCUUAUUUUUGUCAAACAUCUAUAAACAUCAAAGCUGCAGUGAGGCAUUAGAGUGCCGUUUCCAGCGGACUACAACCUCACUGAUGGACACCUCCCCAGAACAGUGCAUCAAACAUGCAGAGAGAAUUUAUU